UCCUCUCCCGCUCCCUACUGUACUGAUCUGCGCUCUUAAUCAAUUUUGUUAUGUUCUAGCGAUCUUUUUCAAGUAUAUGUUCUACCAAUCUGAGAGUCAAUUCAUCUAAUCAAUGGUAGGUUCAUGUGUACGUGUAUAUACGUGUGCUAGUUCUAUCGUAGACCAAUCUAGGUGCUUGUCUGCUAACUUCGUAAUCUAGCUUGUACGCAACAUAGCUUCUUGUGUCGCCUUGAUCUAGCAGGUUUAAAACCAACUGAUCACCCCUUCCAAUGGGUCCUACCCAGAUUCUUAUGUUCGGUGUCUCUCUCGGAUUGAUUUGUCAUGUUGCAACAGAUACGUCACGGACAAGAAUUAACGUUGUUGAAUCAAAUGAAGAAUAUAUGACGGAAGAACCGUUCGAACAUCGUAAUUCUGAAAAAGAUGUCGUAUCAUCUAAUGUCCAAGAAAUGGCUACUAAUGAUGAAGGCUUCACAUAUUUUGAUGAUGCUGAUGCGGAUGAAAAUGAAGAAGCUGAAAAUUCAGAAACAAAAGAGCGUAAGAAGAGGAAGCUAAAAUAUAUUUGGAACCUUCCAAAGGUGGAUCGCUUAGUUGGUUGGGUGCCACCUGUAAGAGUGCUUGAACUCAUUUCAUAUGAUCCCUUUGUUUUGUCUGGUUACUUUGAUUUUAUCUAACAUGCAGGAAUUUAAGUGUUCUUGAAGAGCCUGAAAAAUCAUGACAGGGAGCAGCUCUUGCUACAAUUCUAAGUUGCAAUCAUAAAUUUCAAUUUGCCGGUGCUGAAAUUAAAAAUGAAUUUUGGGAAGUGCAUGUCGAUAUGGCACUUAUGAAAACUGAAGAUUUGGUAAGGAAUCACCAAAACUGCAAUACUCUCGGCAAUGCGGAAAAAACAAAGAU